AUGUCCGCGUCGAUCGUCGCCCGCCUCGGCGCCCCGGCCCUCGCGCCGCGCCGCGCGCGCCUCUCCGAGCGCCGCGCGCGACCCACGCUCGCCCCCCCCGUCCGCGCGGUCGUCACCGCCGAGGACGUCGCCGCGAAGCUGAGCGGCGAGGACCUCGGCAAGUGGGAGUCGUGCCGCUCCAUCCUCGUGGGCGAGCUCGGGAUGGACGAGGACAAGGCGGACAAGACCAUGAUCCGCGCUUUCGGAUGGGGCGGUCAGACCUACUGGCGCAACGAGAAGGUGGAGGAGGUGCCGGAGGUGGAGGACGUCGAGGCGCGCAUCGCGUACCUCCUCGAGAUCGGCAUCGAGCUGCCGGACCUCGCGGAGAAGGUCCUCGGGAAGGUCCCCGAGGUGCUCGGGUGCGACGUCGAGACCCGGCUCAAGGUGAACGUGGCGCACAUCCAGAAGACGUGCUUCAUGAAGCCCAACACCAAGAACUUCAGGAACUACAUCAACAGGGUGCCGCAGGUGCUCGGCAACAACCUCGACUGCGCCGCGCAGGGGUUGAACUGCGCGGGGGAGUGCAACCGAUGCUGGGCGCGGUGCUAA